AUGGAUGAUAAACUAAACUACAUUUAUUUCGAUACAAGAUGCCUAACAGAUAUUUGUAUUAUUGGUGCCGGGCCACAGCCCAGCGGGGCCGAGACGGUUCAGAAGCUAUGUGACCGAGUUGCCUCUUCAACACUACUGGAGGGCAGAGAUGCAGUCCGUGCACUCAAAGCAUUAUCCAAAAAAUAUCGCCUUGAAGUGGGCAGUCAGGCCAUGGAACACCUUGUUAAUGUGCUGCAGACAGACCGUUCAGACUCUGAAAUUAUUGGUUAUGCACUGGAUACUCUUUGCAAUCUGAUCUCCAAUGAGGUUGAAGAGGAGGAGCCAGAGGAGAAUGUUCAGAAGACCAGUUCUGAAGACCUGGCUGUGCAGUUUGCAGAGAUUUAUAUCAAACUACAAGAAAAUCUUACCUUGCUGUUAUCCUUGUUAGAGGAAUUUGAUUUUCAUGUGCGCUGGCCUGCAGUAAAACUUCUAACUGCACUUUUAAAAAAUCAAGGUCCACAAGUUCAACAGAUUAUCCUUGUCAGCCCAAUGGGUGUAUCCAAGAUGAUGGAUUUGCUUGCAGAUUCGAGAGAAGUAAUUCGCAAUGAUGGUCUCCUUUUGCUCCAGCAAUUAACGAAAGCUAAUGCAGCCAUUCAGAAGAUUGUAGCUUUUAAAAAUGGCUUUGAACGCCUGCUGGAUAUUAUCACUGAAGAGGGGAAGAGUGAUCGAGGCAUUGUUGUUGAAGAUUGCCUUUUGCUGCUCCUUAACUCGAUGAAAAACAAUAGUUCGAAUCAGAAUUUUUUUAAAGAGGGUUCAUACAUUCAACGCACAAAACCUUGGUUUGAGGUUGCUGAAGAUAAUUCGGGUUGGUCUGCACAGAAAGUAACAAAUCUUCACCUGAUGCUGCAGCUGGUGAGAGUGCUGGUGUCUCCUGUGAAUCCUCCUGGUGCUACAAGCAGUUGCCAGAAGUCAGCAUUCCAAUGUGGUUUGUUACAGCAGUUGUGCACCAUCCUGAUGGCAACUGGAGUUCCUGCUGAUAUUCUCACUGAGACCAUUAACACAGUAUCUGAAGUUAUCAGAGGGUCCCAGGUAAACCAGGAUUAUUUUGCUUCUGUGAAUGCACCUUCCAAUCCACCAAGGCCUGCAAUUGUAGUCCUUCUGAUGUCCAUGGUGAAUGAAAGGCAGCCAUUUGUCCUGCGUUGUGCGGUGCUGUACUGUUUCCAAUGUUUCUUGUACAAAAACCAAAAAGGCCAAGCAGAGAUUGUUGCCACACUUCUGCCAGCAACUAUUGAUGCCAAUUCGAUCUCGGCUGGCCAGCUGCUGUGUGGGGGCCUCUUCUCUACAGAUUCCCUCUCUAACUGGUGUGCUGCUGUAGCAUUGGCACAUGCUCUGCAGGAUAACUCCAUCCAAAAGGAACAGCUGCUCAGGGUACAGCUGGCAACCAGCCUUUGCAAUCCUCCUGUCUCCCUGCUCCAACAGUGUACCAACAUCCUGUCUCAGGGAAGCAAGGAGCAAACACGGGUUGGCCUACUGAUGUUGCUGUCUACGUGGACGACCAACUGUCCUAUUGCUGUGACUCACUUCUUGCACAACCAAACCAAUGUUCCUUUUUUAAUGGCACAGAUAUCUGAGAACCUUGGGGAAGAGGAACAACUUGUGCAAGGUCUCUGUGCCCUUCUACUGGGCAUCUGCAUCUACUACAAUGAGAAUUCUCUGGAGAACCACACUAAGAAAAAGCUAAAGCAACUCAUAGAGAAGAGAACUGGAAAAGAAAUUUUCAUUGAGAAAAUUCUCAAUGAGGCUUACAUCAGCAAGCAUGAGCUUUACUCUCCUGGUCAGAAAACCCAGCCAAGCUACAACAGUCCAGAGCAAAUGCUGUUUGAUCAUGACUUCACCAAAUUAGUUAAAGAAUUAGAAGUUCUUAUAACAAAGGCUGUCCAAAAAUCAAGUGAGGAUGAGAAGAAGGAAGAGGAAGUGAAGAAGUCUUUGGAACAACAUGACAGUAUAGUCAAUCAAUACAAGGAACUUAUCCGUGAACAGGAUCUGCAACUGAAUGAAUUGAAGAAACAAGUAACUGCCUUGACCAAUCAGAACAAGCACAGUCAAACCACAAUAACACAGCAAGCGUCACAGAUUCAGCAGCUGCGUGACCAGUACAAUCUUCUCAAAGUACAAGGUAAACCACUAGACAGCCAACAUCACAUUCACAAUGAGGCAGCUCAGAUCAAUGGUAUUCAACCUAAAGACACCGAAGAAAUUGGAAGGUUGCAAGGAGAGAUUGAAGAACUGAAGAAGCAGCAUAAUGUAUUAGAAGGACAGCUGGCUGAAAAGGAGUUUGAGAUUAAUAAAUUGAGGGCUGCUCAGUCAACAGGAAACCUAGCUGAAGUUGGCACAGAAAUUGCUGGUGACCAACCAACCGAUCAGCACAAGGAUCAGUUAAAGAUGUUGACAGAGGAGAAAAAGUCCCUUGAUCAACAGCUUGCCUCGACAAAUAGUACAAUAGCCAUUCUUGAAACUGACAAGAGAAAGCUCCAACAAGAGGUGACAGAGCCUAAGAAGGAGCAGGAUGAUCUAUUGGUACUUCUCGCAGACCAUGACCAGAAAAUCUUUGGAUUUAAGAAUAGGCUCAAAGAGCUUGGAGAACCAGUUGAGGAUGAAGAUGACCUGGAGUCUGCUGACCAAGAAGAUGAUGAUGAUGAUCCAAACUAAUUGCAUAACGAUGAUAUACAGACAGAAUAAGGAAAUAAAAUGUAAAGAAGGUCAAAGCUUCUAUUACCACAAUGCAGAAUGUCGAAAGAGUUCAGAAUGUUUUGUUUUUUUUCUUUUUGGAAGGGGGCUUUGAAAUUAGUUUAAUUGUAUCUUCUACCAGUUGCAAAGAUUCACUUACUGGCUAGGAGAGAAACUUUUCAUUUUUUAAAGUAUUAAAAUUUUAAUAAAGCAAAGUUGUUUUUCUCCAUUUAAGGGAAAAAAAUUAAAAGCAUUCCCUCAUGGUACACUAAGCACAUACUUGUUGCAGGAGUGAAGUGUAGCUCACCAGCUUUAGUCUACAGUUACACCUGGAUAACCUGACCCAGUGUUGGAAUAUGUUGUAUUAUCUAGAGAAUGCAUUAUUGUGAGAGGUUGCAGACCAACCUGAGUUUAAAAGCAGCCCUUGAAAAAAUGGCAAAAUGUCAGAUUAGGAAUCUGGGCAGCUAGAUGUCUCACACAACUCUUCUGUGAGAACUGAUUGAU